GGUUGUGCACUAGGUACAUUGUAUCGUUUGGCUGAACGGAAUAGUUACAUUUUACGGAGAAGGGGAGAGUGGAUUUAUUUAAAUUGAGACGUCGAUCAUGAUUAUAGCGCAUCGUAUUUUCAUUAUACCUAUAUUUUAAACCAAUCCUCUAGCUUUUCACACGAUUGUGGAUGUAAUAUUUCAGGGAGUGACAUCGUCCUCACCACAGCAACGGUUGAGAAACUGGUGACCUUUGACCUGAGCGAACAAUGAACUGAGGGCAACUCUCAACCAGCUCUACCAACGGCAGACCCUCUGCCCUGUCACCCUAGACCUGGGCAGAGGAGUGUGUGUGUGCGACUGCACGUGGUGUUUAUGAGUCUGCCCGUACUCUAGAAAGAGCUACACUCCCUCUCUCCUCGUCUGAGAGGAGGCACCUCUGACCCUUGACCCUGAUUGACUGACCCCAACCAACCACCAGGAAGCAUGGGGAGGAAAAAGAUUCAGAUCCAACGGAUCACCGACGAGAGGAACAGACAGGUGACGUUCACCAAGAGAAAGUUUGGCCUGAUGAAGAAGGCGUACGAGCUGAGUGUGCUGUGUGACUGUGAGAUUGCCCUCAUCAUCUUCAACCACUCCAACAAACUGUUCCAGUACGCCAGCACCGACAUGGACAAGGUGCUGCUCAAGUACACCGAGUACAACGAACCCCACGAGAGCCGGACCAACGCCGACAUCAUUGAGACGUUGCGAAAGAAAGGCUUCAACGGUUGCGAAAGUCCCGAGCCAGACGGAGAGGAUUCCAUAGACCAGAGCCCCCUGAACGACGACAAAUACCGCAAGACCACCGAAGACCUAGACAUCCUCUUCAAGCGCUACGGUGUCAGUUCUGCGGUCCCACCCCCCACAUUUUCCAUGCCCGUCACCGUCCAGGCUUCUAAUCAGAACACAUUGCAAUUCAGUAACCCUGGCAACGCCAUGGUGACCACCUCCUACGUGACGUCGCCGUCUGACAACCACCACCUGUCGCCCCAGCAACCGGCGCUCCAGAGAAACACAGUGUCUCCUGGGUUGCCACAGCGACCGGCCAGUGCAGGUGCUAUGCUCGGGGGCGACCUGAACAAUUCAAAUGGAGGAUGCCCAAGUCCAGUCCCUAACGGAUACAUCAGUGCCAGGGCCUCCCCGGGCCUCCUCUCUGUCUCCAAUGGCAACAGCCUGGGGAAAGUAGUUCCGGCCAAGUCCCCGCCCCCGCCUCAGAGCCCACAGAUGGUCAACAGCCGCAAGCCAGACCUCCGGGUAAUCACCUCUCAGGGUGGGAAGAGCCUGAUGCAGAUGACAGAUGAUGAGCUGGAGAUGGUGAGCGAGAAUGCCCAGCGUUUGGCCGGCGCACAAGUGGCCCAGGCGCUCACCACGCCAGUGGUCUCCGUGACAACGCCCAGCCUCCUGGCACAGGGGUUGCCCUUCUCCGCCAUGCCGACAGCUUACAACACAGAAUACCAGCUGACGAGCGCUGACAUCACCGCUCUCCACGCCCUGGCGUCACCAGGCGGCCUGCUGCAAGGCAACGUGUCGUGGCAACAGCAACCGUCUUUGUCCCAGCAGCAACAGCAGCAGCAGCAGCAACAACUUAGUCUGGCGUCGCUUAGCAACUUGGUCAUGUGGGGCAUGGACAAACAGAGCGGGGACCUGUCUAGCCAGAUCUCCAGUCUGGCGGCCAAUCUGAGCGCCUCGCAGUCCAACCUCCUCUUGGGUAGAGAUGAGUGGUUGGGCCGGCCGGUGGGGCACAUACCUCAGGGCACCAUGCUGACUGUCAACACCAACUCCAACAUGAGCAUCAAGUCUGAGCCCAUCUCGCCUGGCCGAGACCGCCGCUCCCCGUGCCCCCCUCCGUCCUCAUCCGGGGGGGGCGUCCAGACGGCCGCGCCUCCGCCACAGUACCCUGGUUCCCUGCUGUGCCUGGAGCCCCCAACCGGCCGUUCCCCCGCCGACAGCCUCAGCAGCAACGGCAGCUCCUACGAGGGCAAUGACCACGACGACCCUGCGGCAGGUGGCGGAGGAGGAGGCAUCGGCGGAAGUGCAGCGGGCAACAUGGGCAACGCUGGCCGCUCCCUGCCCCCCGAAUUCAGCCCCUCGGUGGAGCUCCUGCGGGCCCAGAAUGAGGCGGAGCAGGAAGGAGCCAACAUAAAACGCAUGAGACUCGAUGCGUGGGUCACAUAGAGGCCAUGGCGCCAACAUCAUCGACCCCUGAAGCACCACAAACACAGAACACCCCCACCACCA